AUGGAAAUUUUUAAUGCAACUUAGCCAACUGUUUAAAUUCCAACAGAGAUCCUAACUUUUAGUAGGCACAUUAUACAUAAUGUAUAUGAGUAGAAUUAUAUAGUAACAUUAAUAGAUGUUUAGUUUUAUAUUUUAAACAUUAAUACAUUUAAUGACGUCGCGAACUUAUUUAUUAAAAUACAGAGCAAAAAUAUAUCAAUAAAAUUAGAUAUUUGA